GUUUUUUUAUAAUUCAAGAAUCUCACACUCGUCUUUGCUAAUCAGACUUCCCGUUCUUUCAUCUCCAUUUUCCCUCUCGAUUUUCAUAAACUGUGAUAUUUGUUAAUUCUAUUAAGGUGUUGGCUUUGGCAUUUUUCGGUUUAGUGACAAAACACUACGUUAUAUAGAUCACUCAAGUGUGGAUUUUGGUUAAUAAUUUGGAAUUUUAAGUGGAAUGGUAGGAAAAGAGGAUGAGGCUGGUGGGGAUAGUGGCAACAGUGGCAGUGGCAAUGGUGGUUCACAACUCCAUCAUCCCAUUUCUGGCAACCGGAAAAUGUAUUGGCGGUCAGCUUCAUGGUCCUCUUCUCAUGUGUCAUUGCCACCACUUAAUCCUGACAGUGUGAAAGACGGUGUAGAUCUGAAUGCUAGUAAUGGUGGCCAGAAUCGAAGGUGUCCUGUCCCAUUAACUCCUAGAUCAAAUAGUAAAGGUCGCUCAUGUUUGCCACCAUUGGCGAUUGCUAGACGGAGCUUAGAUGAGUGGCCAAGAGCGGGUUCAGAUGAUGUUGGUGAAUGGCCAAUUCCUAGCACACCUAGUGGUAGAGACUUGAAUAAUGGUGGUGAAAGGUUAAAGCUUGAUUUGUCAUCAAUUCAAAGAAUUCCAGAUAAGAAUGCUGGUCUUGCCAAAAGAGAUAAGAUUGCAUUUUUUGAUAAGGAGUGUUCAAAGGUUGCUGAACACAUUUUCCUUGGUGGUGAUGCUGUUGCAAGAGAUAAAGACAUACUUAAACAGCAUAAGAUUACUCAUGUUCUCAAUUGUGUAGGCUUUGUCUGCCCUGAAUAUUUUAAGGGAAAUUUCGUUUAUCGAACUUUAUGGUUACAAGAUAGCCCUUCAGAGGAUAUCACAAGUAUACUGUAUGAUGUUUUUGAUUACUUUGAAGAUGUUAGAGGUCAAGGUGGAAAAGUCUUCGUACAUUGUUGUCAAGGGGUUUCACGAUCCACUUCAUUGGUAAUCGCUUAUCGUAUGUGGAGAGAAGGACAAAGCUUUGAUGAUGCUUUUCAAUAUGUAAAGGCAGCUAGAGAGAUUGCUGAUCCAAAUAUGGGGUUUGCAUGCCAGUUGUUGCAAUGUCAAAAAAGGGUUCAUGCAUUUCCUUUGAGCCCAAGCUCAUUACUUAGGUUAUAUAGAAUCGCUCCUCAUUCGUCAUACGACCCUUUGCAUCUUGUUCCAAAAAUGUUAAAUGUACCUUCUCCAGCUGCUCUGGAUUCUAGAGGUGCAUUCAUUAUGCACAUACCUUCAACAAUCUAUAUCUGGAUCGGCAAGAAAUGUGAAUCUCUUAUGGAAAGAGAGGCAAGAGGUGCUGUUUGUCAGAUUGUUCGGUAUGAAAAAGCUCAGGGACCUAUUGUUGUAGUUAAGGAAGGGGAAGAGCCUUCAUACUUCUGGGAUGCUUUUUCCACUCUCCUACCUUUGAUGGACAAAUCAGGCAUUGAUAUAGUUGAAUUAUCUAAGGCUACUCCGGGCGAGAGAAUAGUUGAUUCAUACAAUGUUGACUUUGAGAUCAUUCAGAAAGCAAUCAUUGGUGGAUUUGUGCCUCCAUUUGCAUCAUCUGAAACUGACCAAGAAACUCACCUCCCUGCUAGAGAAAACAGUUGGAGUGUAUUAAGACGUAAAUUUGCAUAUGGAAACAUGAAGGAGUUUGUCUUAGCUUCUAAGUCUGCCCCAUCCAGAGUUUACCCUGAUUCAGCUUUGCUUGUAGGUUCAGAGAGGAGUUUUAAUCCACUGUCUAAACCAGUUCUUUUCUCUUCAACAUCAUCAUUGUCACCAUCAUUUUCUUCUGGUUCUUCUUCAUCAUCUUCUCCUCCCUAUCUUUCUCCCGAUUCUAUAUCUUCUGAUUCAAGCAUUAGCUCCAAAUGUUAUUCUGAUUCACCGGUUGCAUCUCCUUCAAUAUCUUCAUACACUCAUGCUUUCUCUUCCACUUUAUCAACCUUGUCAAAUUUAUCACUUGUUCCAACUAAACUCUCUCCUCAUUCCAUAUCUAAAACUUCUGAAUUUAUUGAUGUCAAUUUUACUUCAAACACAUCUUUCCAGUCAGUCUUAUCACCGUCAAAGCGGUCUUCUCUUUCCAUCGCUGAACGCAGAGGGGGCACCCUGAAAUGCCUUAAACUACCAAUACCAUGUGAUGAUUCACAGGGUCAAGAGGCCCAUUCAAGUUAUGUUGCUGGAGGAGAAGCCAAUGCUUGUUUAGCCACUGAAUCUGAUGAAAAUAAUGUAUUACGACUUAAACAAAAGGGACUAAACCAAGAAUCUCUUCUUCAGGGUUAUUGCUCUUCAUGUUCAAACACUUUGGAUGGUGGAGAUGGGUUUGAUCAAACAUCUAAAGCUUCAGAAGAAAAUUGGCCUUCAAAGAGGAAAGAAACACACAACUUCUUGGUACCAGUGGAGAGUGAAUCUGCACAUCAUGAUGUAAAGCAACAAGUAGUGGUACUUGAAUGGCCUAGCUUGGAGAAGGUUCUGAGAUUUUACACUGAUGAUAUGGAUUCCCGAUGUAUGUUUGUUUUUGUCACUCCUGGUUCAGGUUCUGUAAAGGAUGGGGAUUCUGUUCUGUAUUUAUGGGUGGGAAAAGCUUUCAGGCAUGAUAACGGGAGUCUCCUUGAGACAAAUAAAAGGUGUACCGAGUUGCCAGAUUUGGCCAUGAAAGAAGUUAUUAAUAAGGUUCUUUCUGAAAUGGGCUUGUCAAAGGACACUCAUGUUGAGAAUGUAUCAAGGGUUCAGUUGAAAGCUUGCAAACCAUUUUGCACCAGAGUGCAGCACCUUUUGUCUUCUAACCUCAACACAUUGGUUGUACAUCUCUUUAUUAAACCGUUUCAUAUAAACCUUUUUAAGGAAUAGAUUCUUUGUCGUCAAUUGGUCUCCUUCAGGUGCGUCCUUAUUGUCCGUUUGCAUGUGUAUACCGACCUUGAUAUUAAAUUUAGCGUUUUUCUUUUACACCCAUGUCUCGAAAGAACUCUAUGCACAAAGUUUUAGUGA